AAUAGAGAGUACAUAUUAAAAAUAUAGACGGAUUUUUUACAGUUUGUGAAGAUUUCCGAAAUGUUAACUAUUGUGUAUUUUUACCUUCUGUUAUUUCUCGUGACAAAAGUAAUAUGCGUCGAAGGAACAUGUGACUGCAGUCAACCAGAUUCCAACUUUGCGACUGGUGUCAAUCUCAUUUAUUAUAAAUGCAAUAACGAGACCCCUGCAACGAUCACCUAUCCUAUCACAGCUCCAGAAGGAUUGUUAAACGUGUUAGAAGAUAAGCGGACAAUCUUUUACAUAUUUGGAUAUUUACAAUAUCCAGAAUACGAAGAUGUUAAGUUAAUGACGGAAGCACUCUGUUAUAAUAGAACGGACAAUGUUGUGUUACUCGAUUGGAGUAAACAUUCCAGAAACACUUACGGAAGAGCCUUCCAAAACGGCGAAAAAGUAGGCAGUUUGUUCGCUAAAAGUAUUCAACUGCUUGUUAAUAGUGGCCUCGAUGUAUCAAAAAUUUAUAUUGUCGGACACUCUUUGGGUGCCCAUAUAGCUGGUUUUGCUGGUAAAUGCAAUGACUUUGUGAUACCUCGCAUCACAGGAUUGGAUCCUGCAAAUCCUGUCUUCUAUCCUUUAGGAUGCUAUCUCACAUCCACAGAUGCACCAUGGGUCGAUGUCAUUUAUACAGAUAUGGGAGGAUAUGGUACUUUUGAAUGUGUAGGAACAGCAAAUUAUUACGUAAACGGUGGCAGUCGUCCUCAGCCUGGUUGCAUGUUUAUUGGCGCAUUAUUAAGCCAGACUGAUGUUUGCAGUCAUCAAAAGUCAGUCAAACUGUAUGCAGAAUCGAAACGAGACCCUACAAAAUUUAUUGCAACACAGUGUCUUUCCUAUGCUGGUUAUACAAAAAAUAACUGCAAAGACAACCUGCAGACUAACGUUGGAUAUAAUUCAUCAAAUGUAUGCGGAUUAUUUUAUUUACGUACAGGAGUUUUAUGAGAACAACUUACAUUUACACAUAUAU